AUGCCGGAAACCGCACCCUUCAACUUGACGCCGCUCGACCGCCAGUUGCUGGCGAUGACUGACGAGCAGUUUGUGGCGCAUGACUGGGAUGACCUGCGCGACAUCAUCGCGCGGAACGAUCUCGGCGCACUCAAGCGCAGGCCCUCCGACUUGCGCCGAUACCUAGCGUGGUCCGCCGAGAUCAAAGCCCAGUAUGGCUCCAUCAUGAAUUAUAUCUGUCAGCAGCGGCUGCACUGGGCCCCCGGGCACCAGUCCACGGCAAAUGGCACCGCCAACGGAAGCACAUCAGCACCGCAAAGUGCUGUACCCGCGGGUAUCCAAAGUGGGCCUAUCCCCUUCACAAACCCGCGCCCAUUUGCCGACCCCUCGGACUACAAGAUCCUCCGCAAUGACUGGCCCUACGGCCUCGACCCCGGGAUCUCCCAUCUAGUCGUGUGGCUGCGCACUCCUAUCCCCGUGAAGUCGGACGAGGGCCACUUGACCGAGGAAUCGCGGGCGCUGAUCGAGGGGUUCGUGCAGAAGACGUUCGUCCGGCGACUGGCCGAGGAUGCUGGGCAGAGGUUCCCGGAGCCCCACGCUCAGGUGUUGUGGUUUAAGAAUUGGGUUGGCCUACAGAGUGUGCGGGCUUUGGAACAUGUGCAUGUCCUCGUCAGGGAUGUCCCCGAGGAUAUUCUGGUCGAGUGGUCGGGCGAGAAGGCGCAGUUGUAG